AUGAGCUACACACCAAGAUCGGCGGAUGUGUACGCGUACGACCCAGCUCUACCACCAACCAAUGUACCAAUUGUAUCUGGGGCGACCGCUUAUGACUGCCCACAGAGCGGCAACACGUUCAUAUUGAUAUUUAACGAAGCGCUUUACUAUGGGAACCGGUUAGAUCAUUCAUUGAUCAACCCAAACCAAGUCCGCAAGUUCGGAAUUCCCCUAUGGGAUAAUCCGUUUGAUGAGAUGAGGAAUAUUGGCAUCGAAACCAAGCCAAUAUUUGUUGCACUCAAGGCAAAGGGGACAAAGUUACUAUUUGAUUCAAGGGCCCCAACUGAUCAAGAACUCGCAAAUUGCCCCCACAUUGAUAUGACGAGCAAAGUGCCUUGGAACCCAGGGACUGUACAACUUGGGAAAAUCUCAAUAGCCCACAAAGACCCACCAAUAGAUGACCCAAGAUCCAACGAAGCUGAAUUGAGACAAUUGGAUCCAAUCAUGCAAGGAAUGAACGAGUGGCGCACGGUACAGCAGACAAUAGUCAAUGGGGAGAGAUUCUUCCAACAAGUUGGACGAAUGGACGAUGAUGCACGAUUUGCCGACGUACCUGUGAGGCCGUCCAUUGUAUCCACGGAACGACACACCAAAGCAACGGCAGAAAACCUAUCUGAACGACUAGGAAUCGGUUUACACAGAGCACGCGCCACCUUGAGAUCAACACUACAAAGGGGAACACGAUCCGCCAUACUACCACUGGCAAGGAGGUACCGAGCAGACCGCAUGUUCCUAAGACCAAGACUGAAAGGCAAGUUCUCAACCGACACAGCCUAUUUCAACCACAAGUCGAUACGAGGCAACAUCGCAAGCCAGAUCUAUUUCCACAAGAGCGGUUUCUACAGUUGCCAUCAUCUCUCAAAAGUGGACGACAAGCAAGUUGGGCCGACCCUCAAGAAAUUCAUAGCUGACUACGGUAUACCAGAGCACCUCACGAUGGACGGAGCAGCAGUACAAGUGGGACGCAACACGAGCUUUAUGGAAACGAUCAACAGAGCCGCGAUUAACUACCACAUCUCCAGACCAUACCGACCGGAAGAAAACCCAGCCGAAGGGGGAAUCAGAGAGCUCAAGCGACGAUUCUACAGAUUGAUAGUCAAGCAUGCGAUACCAGAACGGCUAUGGGACUUUGUGCUCGAUUAUGUGGUUGAUACCAUGAACAUCACCGCUAACUACUCAAGAUAUUCUGACGGACGAGUACCGCUUGAAGUGAUCACUGGCAUCACGCCGGACAUUACAGAAUACAUGGACUUUACGAUUUAUGGAUGGGUAUACUACCGCACAGACGGCGCCUUGGGCCCAAACGAAAUAGGACGAUGGUUGGGAGUGUCACACAGGACGGGUCCAAUGAUGACGUAUUGGAUAUUACCGAGGAGUGGCCGCCCAAUCUCGACUGACACUGUCCAGAACAUCUCAGAAACAGAGAAACAGACCGACGUGGUCAAAGAACAAAUGGCGCAAUGGACAACCGAUGUAUCCAAAAUCCUUGAUGCAAGGACAGGAGACAUCAGUUGGGGGAAAGAUGAGAUACCGCCACAAUUGAUGUUCGACCUCGGAUUGGAAGACAAAGAAUUCAAAUGCAACUUCAACGAGUUGAUCAAGGCCGAAGAUGUUGACGAUGGCACGCUCCAGGGGACCACAGAGACUGACAACAUCGACGCACAGAACUGCGUCAACAUGGAGAUUGGCCUAAGACGGGGACAAGAAGGGGAGUUGCAACGUGCAGUUGUACGCAGGAGAAUCAUUGAUGCAGAAGGAAACCCAAUUGGUGUAGCAAACAACAACCAGUUACUCGACACGAGACAGUACGAAGUCGAAUACGAAGAUGGAAGCACCGAAGUGCUCGCUGCGAACUUGCUAGCAGAGAACUUAUUAGCACAAGUGGACGAACAUGGACACAGACACUUACCAAUGGAGGAGAUCACGGAACAUUGCUCUGAUGAGAAGGCAGUAAAGAUGAAAGAUGCUUUCUAUCCCCUCGCAAGUGGAACGCAACGAAGACGACACACGACAGCAGGAUGGGACUUCUACGUUACUUGGAAAGAUGGUUCCUCAAAUUGGAUACCUUUGAAAGAUAUGAAGGAGUCUUUCCCGAUUGAAGUGGCCGAUUACGCGAUAAGCAAGGGCAUCCAAGACGAACCUGCUUUUGCAUGGUGGAUCCCACACCUUGUUCAAAAGCGAAAGCUAUUCCUUGGCAAAGUAAAAUUGAAGUACUGGGAACGUACGCACAAGUACGGAAUACGUAUCCCAAAAUCGAUCAAAGAGGCCAUCGAAAUCGACAAAGCAAAUGGGGACACGCUAUGGCAAGACUCAAUUCAAAUGGAGAUGAAAAACAAUCGAGUCGCUUUUGAAGAAUUCGAUGGAGACGUAGAGAAGCUGAUGGGAUACAAAAAGAUCACGGGACACCUAGUAUUUGACGUGAAACUAGGGGAAAACUUCCGAAGGAAAGCAAGGUACUGCGCUGAUAGACACAAGACUGAAGCACCCGCAGCAUUGACCUACAGUACGGUAGUGUCCCGCGAUUCAGUUCGGAUACUACUAAUGAUAGCAGCGCUAAACGGAUUAAACUUGCAAUGCGCGGAUAUUCAAAACGCAUUCCUCACUGCACCAGCGAUCGAAAAGUGCUACCUGGUAGCAGGACCCGAGUUUGGUGAAGAAGAAGGCAAAGUAUUUAUCGUAAGACGAGCAUUAUAUGGCUUAAAAAGUUCAUCCGCAGCAUUCAGAUCACACCUGGCGGAGACUUUGGAGGAUUUGGGCUUCAGCUCAUCAACUGCCGGCCCAGACGUUUGGAUGUGA